CGGCGGGCCCGGCGCGGGGUCCCGCGGGCGGCGGGAUGCGCUCCGUCAGCUACGUGCAGUGCGUGGCGCUGGACUUCGCGGGCAGCCUCUUCCCGCACGCCAUCUGCCUGGGGGACGCCGACAACGACACGCUGAAUGAACUAGUGGUGGGAGACACCAAUGGAAAACUCUAUGUUUACAAGAAUGAUGACAGCAAACCCUGGGCUGUGCGAUCUUGCCAAGGAAUGCUCACGUGUGUUGGUGUGGGCGAUGUAUGCAAUAAAGGAAAGAAUUUCGUGGUGGCGGUGAGUGCAGAAGGCUGGUUUCAUCUUUUUGACCUGACUUCUCCAAAACACCCAGAUGCUUCAGGCCACCAUGAGUUGGCAGCAGCAGAAGAGCAGAACCCAGUGUUCAAGCAGCACAUUCCUGCCAACACCAAGGUCAUGCUGAUCAAUGACAUUGAUGGAGAUGGGAAGUGUGAGUUGGUGGUGGGUUACACUGACAGGGUGGUGCGUGCCUUCCGCUGGGAGGACUCGUCAGAGAAUUCAGACCACAUCUCUGGGCAGCUGCUCUUGUUGAAGAAAUGGCUGCUAGAAGGCCAGGUGGACAGCCUCUCUGUGAACCUGGGCCCUGAUGGCUCCCCGGAGCUGAUGGUGUCGCAGCCAGGCUGUGGCUACGCCAUCCUGCUGUGCACCUGGGACAUGGAGCACCGGGACACAUCUGCGGGAAGGGACGGCUCUGCUUCAAGCAGUGAGGCUCCUGUUCGAGAUGUUAUUCUACACCAAACAUCUGGACGGAUUCACAACAAGAAUGUCUCCACUCAUCUAAUUGGUAGCAUUGCCCGAGGUGGCUCCAGUGAGAAUAGUGGCUCGGGUCUCUUUGCCCUCUGUACUCUGGAUGGGACAUUGAAACUCAUGGAGGGAGCAGACAAGCUGCUCUGGUCUGUUCAGGUUGAUCACCAGCUGUUUGCUCUGGAAAAGCUGGAUGUUACAGGCAAUGGGCACGAGGAGGUGAUUGCCUGUGCGUGGGAUGGUCAGACAUACAUCAUUGACCACAAUCGGACUGUUGCCAGGUUUCAAGCAGAGGAGAAUGUCAGUGCGUUCUGUGCAGGCCUCUAUGCAUGCAAAGGAGGAAGCAACAGUCCCUGCCUGGUUUAUGUCAGCUUCAGCCAGAAGAUCUACAUCUACUGGGAUGUGCAGCUGGAGAGAAUGGAGUCCACCAACCUGUUGAAAAUCCUGGAGGGUGACCCAGAGUUUGCAAGUCUCCUGCAACAGCUGGGUGUAGGUAACAAUUUUCAAGGGCUAGACAUUUGUUUUCAGUUGAAGAGCUUCCAGAGGGAGAAGUCGGAAACAGAAGCAGAUAGCACAUAUAUCCCUGAGAUGAACUGACAAAUUCAAAUGAUUCCUGAAUACAAGACACAACCUAAUCAGAAGAGCUCUGCAAUGUCUGUGCUGUCUUGUCCUCACUGAUGUAUCAGCCCUGCCUACGAGGAUUGUGGCCAGACUGAGCAGAGAGGUAAGAUAAAGGCACAGAGUGCAGAUGUGUGCUAAAUGCCUGUCUCCUCAUCCUCUCUACUGUGCUUCACAGAAGAGGCUUCCCUGUGCCUCCUCACUACCUAAGUGGGUAUACUGACCAUGAGUCUCAGGUCACGUGUGCCACCACAUUAGCCCAGGCUGCAACCUGCCAACACUGUCCAGCUGAAACAGCUCUUCCUCAGUAACAGGCAUGGAUUCUACUGGGAAAGCAUUAACCAUCCCUCUGGCUCACAGAAGCCAACUGUUUAUUGCCCAGCUGGAGAAAAAGCAUUGUAUCAGCUUCUCAGAAACAGAAAACCUGAAGCAUGGAUAGCAGUUACUAGGGAAUCACUUUGGAAGCAGGCUGACCUGAGAUGCAUGAGCUGUUGUUAUAAUAAGCCUAAACUCUAUCACUAGGCAGAUUCUUGAGUUUUGUUUCAGAGCAGGCUGGGAAAGUUGCAAGUUAGAAACUUGCUAGCAUAUAACAGGACAGUGAUUAUUCUGUAGAAAAUGACAUUUAAUCUCAUUCAGUGUAAACAGCCCAGCACAGUUAUCAGUUCCAGCAGCAUCACAAAAGUUAUCCACUUUCAAAUUACACCACUAACUAUUUGUCCAGAGAACUCACCAGGAGCCUGAGGAAAGUCCUCCAUCCAGCAUACCACAAAUACAACGCAGCUGAGGUAAGGACUACACAGGCAGCUGAUGAGAACUGCAAGCCUUCCUGGCCUAAGAGGACUUUUCAUCACAUUACCCACUCUCAUCUGUGUUCCAGAAUUUUCAGUUUGCUACCAGUCACCAUUAGUCUUUAUGUAAAUGUCAGUUAUGGGGAUUUCCAAGAAAGAGGGGAAGGAGAAUCAGUAAGGAUCACCACUUAUAAAGAAAUGUGUGUUCUGAAAUAAUGUAAGUUCCAAAGUCAAGAAGCUGCUGUAACAAACAAAAGGCUGAUUAACCCCAGAUUACUUUGGCAUAGAGGAAAAGUGGACUGGGACAGCAGUGGAAUCUUUCAUCAUCUUUUUCCAAGCCAACAGGAGACAAGCUCCACAAUAAAAAAAUAACAGCUUGAUUCUGUGAUGCAUCUCCGUCAUGAUAAGCUUUCCAAAGUGCUUUGCAAAAGUUGUCACAAAAAAGGACAAUUCUGCUAAAAUACCAUGUGGGCAAGCCACCUAAGGAAAUAGGAGGACUCUGCAGUACAACUCUUACAGAUUGGCUCUGUCUCUGAUCUCUGAGACUUAAAAAGGCCUUAGGCACAGGGCAACUAUAACCUAUUAGAAUGAAAACACUUCUUGCCUGAAUCUCCCUGUAGCACUGAAGUCUACAGAUAUUUAGACUUAUUCCCCAGGCAAGUUCAGUUCCAAGUUAGGUAAUGCAUUUGUUAGCACUUUGAAAUUUUCAGCGUAUUUGUCUGUGUGUAAACGGCAGCUUUAAGCUGGUAGACUAUCUUUUCUCAGGAGGUGCUGUCAGGGAAAAAAGACAUCACUGGGGUCGUGUUCCAUUUCUAUUAAAAACUGGACCAUAAUCAAGCAGUUCUCCAAAAGGUACCAGCUCACCUCUCUGGUUAAAAUGAACUGGCAGCCCGAGUCCUAUUUCCUGCCACAGUUCUGUUACUGACAGGAGAGGGUUUUUGAAGUUCACAAAUGAGAACAUCAAAAGCAACAAGACUAAAAAGAAGGGGAGGAGAGCUUCCCUUCCUUCAGUGUAAGAAGAUUAAGUGUGACAAACAGUGACUGGCUCUUAAGAAGGGCAGAAAAAGAGAGAAAUGCCUGUGCAGAAUUCAGGUUGUGUUAGACUUAUUUCCUUGACUGUGAUGUUCAUUAACCCUCCUCUGUGAGGGAAAAUAAAAUGUGUGCGACAGCUGGGGUCCAGUCCAUCAGAAACACAAACGGUUCACUAGUGGACCCUGCUGCUGACUUAACUACUGCCCCUGGGAUACAACACCUGUACGUGCUUGUCCUUGCUCAAUGUACAUGCCUGGCAAAAACCCCCACACUUUGUCACUGAAUUUCCUCAUACAGAACAAUAAAGAGUGAUUAUUAAAGAGAAAGAAACAACUUCAUUUGCUCAAAACCAGGCUCCAGGUAUUUGGAAAAAUUAUAUUAAAAAGCCAUUUAUCCUACUAGUCUGUUCCCAAGUACGGUUAUGUUAACCUAGCUACAUUAAGGUCUAAAACCCAGGGUAAGCAAUGCCUGACUGCAACAGUAAAGACUGCAAAACAAACUAGACAGUGUCUUUGCUUGCAGCCUUUCAGAAACUUGCUACCAUGCUGUGUUCAUAUUGUAAUUUAUUGUGCCAACUGAAUUUUAAAAGGUGUAUGUGUUUUUCUUGGAAGUGUAGUCUUUACUCUCCAACACGGGAGAUGUUUUUAGGACAGGUAACUGAAUUAAAAACAGCUAAAAACUUUAAAAUGUAUUUUGUAUCCACCCUAUACCAGGUCUAUAUCUUGGUGAGUCUCAUAUCUGCAUAUUACUGAGCAGCUUCAACCAUGCAGCCUUGU